CACACUGCAACUGCCUCGCUGGGUGUGCUGCGGUUGACCUGGUGCUUGUGUGUGCUUGUGCUUGUGCUGGGCCGGACUGAUCGACAACCAACCAAACUCCAAGCGCACGGGUGGGACAUACAGACGCACCACAGCAGGGACAACGGAGGAGGGAAGGGAGUGCGGCAACUCUGAAACAGCGGGAACAUUCCUCUUCGCGAAACAACAACCCACAACCAACCAACCCACAACCAACCAACCAACCAACAGCGCACGAGCCAUCUGCAGCUGGCCAUGAGUGAUCCACAACCGCAACCGCAGCAGCAGCGGGACACCGGCCGCCCGCGACCGGACUUGGCGGCGCCAACAACCGGCGUCACCACAGGCCAGGAACCAGCGCAGCCGUCCCCCUGGCUCGUGCGACCGUCGACAGCAGAGCCACAACCAGCACUGCUUGUCGAGGUGCACCCACAGCCAACCGCAACCACAACCGCAACAGCGACGGCGGCUGUUGGCGCCACCAGCAGUCAUAAGGAGGAGGAGGAGGACAACAAAGAAGCAUCACCGAGCGCUGGCGCCCCUGCUCGCAAGAAGCCAAAGCCAAUGCUGGCCUCAUCUGGACCAGACGAUCAGUUCCUCGACCAACAGGAGCAGGAGCGGCUGCGGCAGGUGUGCAAGGACAUUGGCUUCCCCGACGAAGUGCACGACGCGGCCGUUCGCUUCCUGACCCAGCUGCGGCUGACGCGGUCGCCGCCGUGGGUCCCCGGUGGAUAUGACGCAUGGAUGGCAGCUGCCCUCUUCCUCCUCGACCAAGACAUCACCCCAGCCCGCGUCGUCAGGUCUCGCAACCUCAUCUCCCUAACGACCAUCCUCCACAAGUGCAACGUUCCAUUCGUUGAGUACAACACUGCGCUCAACUCUGUGGUUGACGCGUGUGUGUCGUCGCCGCGUCUGCCGCCGGUGCAUCCCGCCCUCGGCCGCCGCAUCGUCGCCAUCAAGUGGACAUUCACCGUUCUCGCGCCAAUCUGGGAACGCACCACCCAGAUUUACCAGCGCUAUCUGACGCGCAAGUUCCAGACGGCGGACACCAAGUCCUCGGCGCUCCAGUACGUGUGGACGUCCUUCAUCAUCGCCAAACGCAUUUCGCUCUCCCAGUCCGCGCAGCGACAGAUGAUGCUCCUCCUAGCGCUGGUCGUGUGUGCUCUCCGUCAUCUCCUGCGUGUAUGUGCACCACUCGAUCGCUUCGUCGCCGCCCCACACGCCCGCGCACUCAGGGCGGACACGAGCGUGUGGGGUGAGGAGUCGCUACGUCACAUUGCGCAGGACCUCGACCUGGACUGCGAUCUCCUGCAGGUUGUGCACAGGACGUACUGGCGGCAUUUCCUGGAGAAAUUUGGAGACAAGAUCACGUUCCUGCCAACACUUGGGCUCCCCACGCACCAGACGUUGACUGCGCUUGAUCAGGCGUAUGCGACGCUGCUGUCGUCGCCGAUGCACUGCACCAUUGACGAGCGGCUGUUCGCUGCGCGCGACGUCGUGGUGAUGGCCGGACCCCCGCCGCCAUCUCCGGCCGCGUUCAGCAUCCCAAAGUCGUUUGUGGACGCGACUCAGUCGCCGGUCGUGCGUCUGUCAGAGCCGCUCUCGUCCCCGCACCACCGCCGCCACCACCAGCUCUCGUCUCCAUCGCCGUCGUGCAGCGGCGGUGCCGACGAGCGCUCACUCGAGGAGAUGCUGGAGGCCGAGGGGGCGACGAGGCCGCCUGUGGAGCUUGCUGCGAUGCUCAUCCAAUCCGAUCUCCUCGCCACCGUCGACACCGCCGUCCAGCAGGCCAAGACGGAGUUUAUGGAUCGGUGCACGCGCCAAUUCCCGACUGUGGACGCGCGCGAGUUUGAAAACCACUGGAGCACCGCCGUGUCCGUGUUUCAUUGCGUCAUCUCGGCCAUCAUGAACACGGAGCCUGACGCAACACGCGAAGUCCUCCUUCGUGCGCUGUGCAGGGACGACAACAUGUGCGCCAUGCUCGCCUUCUCCUCCCAAAUCGCCAGCAUUGUCACCCACUUUACACCAACCAUGUCCCCGAGCGGCGACAUCACGUGGGUCCUCGAUGUCUUCAACGCGAAACCCGUCACCUACUGGAAGGUGACGGAGCGGGCCAUGGCGACGCUGCUGUGUCGGUAUCCGCAGGUGGCCGCCCCGCUCGCCCGCUGCGAACGGCACAUCCUGUCGUGCCUGAUGUGGCGGCGGUCGUGGGCGCACCCGCCGCUGCUCGCCGGUCUGCCCGCGGUGGAGGAGGCGAACAACCCCUGGCGACGGGGGAGCACCCACGCACGCACGGGCCGCGAUGGUGAUGGUGGUGACGAUGAGGAGAAUGAUGGUGGCGACGGUGAGAAGGGAGCGAGGCGGAAGACAAAGAAGCAGCAGAAGAAAAAACAGAAGAAACAGCAGAGCACCAGUUCAAGUGCACACGCACACGGGCCACCAACAGCAGAGGAACGCACAAGGACAACCACCCUCCUCCUUGCAAACAAGUUCUACGACGCGAUGCUGAAGCGGCUGGCGAUGAUCUGUCGCCUCGCAGACGACAUUGACGCCGUCCUGAAGCGCAAGAUCUGGACUACGUUUGAAUUUGCCGCCAUGAAGCACCCGGAUCUGUUUGUCGAUCGCCACGCGGACCAAAUUCUCCUCUGCUGCAUCUUCGUCACCAUGAAGUUGCUGAAGCCUGGCGCAGCGUCGUUUACGAAACUGCUGCUGCUGUACGAGUCUGUGGUGAAGGACGCCGCGUAUGUGGAUGAAGUCCUGCAUCGCAUUCCCGUCCGCAAUGACGAGCGCCUGCACACCUCCGAUGGCGGCAGCGACGGCGAUGGUGGUCGCGGUGGUGCGGAUGAUGCGCCUGCACGGGGACAGGCGGGUGUCAGUGCCGACGCUGAUGACUCAGAGGUGAAGAAGGUGCAGAUCUUCACCUUCUACAACGACGUGUUCCUGCCGCGAAUGCAGUCGUUUGCGCUGCGCUGGACGAGUGAGGGCGGGGAGGAUGAGCCAAUCACCGCCUCAUAUCCACGCUCGGGGAACACCAUCGCCGCAACACCGCACAUCCCGACCCGACACGGCGCCGUCCGGCUCAGGCACCUCCCCCACUUCUCGCCUGCUCCGCGCCACCAAGUAUCGCAGCCGGUUGCCGGCCCCUUCCACGCCACGUCAACGCCAAUGGCGGGGGCGGCGCGGGCGAGCAGUCUUCGCGUCUCAGCGUGA